GGAAGCACCUACGAACCAUCCAAGAAACAUCCACGAAUCAUCAUCCAAGAUGUCAGGUUCCUUCGCUGUUGAUAACGCCACCGCUCAAUUCACCUUCCAAUUGAAGCCACCCGCUGCCAACAAUAACAGCGCUCCAGGCAAUGUCGCUGGAUCUGCAAAGCCAAUUUUCAACUUCACCGACCCCCUAUCCAACCAACUAAGACAUCUGCAUUUGGAUUUAGGGGAACAUCUUUCCAAAGAACUCGGAGAUUUGAAUUUUGCUGGAGAGCAACCAGCUUUCAUGGCUGGCACAAAGUCGAGCAUCAACUCUCAUGAUGCUAACGAAUUCGACCAAGAUUUCGAAGCAGCCUGGGGGGAGCAAGCUUCCCAAAAAACCGCUCCCCAGUUUGACAUUCAACUUGCAAUGCAGCAAGGUAUGACAGUCAAGUGUGUGAAGUGCAGAACUAUGAACACACAUGGAGUUUCGCAAGUUUGGUUGCCCAAUUCCAGCCAGCCACGACUCAUCGCUCCAAAUUCAGCGAACACAAAGAGUCAUUUGCACAUCGGUGCAUGCGCCAAGUGCAAUUUCGGAACUUGCUUGGCUUGUGGUGUAGCUCCUCAUUUGAAGGAAUGCACCUUCUCCGAUUCUCGGGCAGCUUGGGAGGCCUUAUGUUCUGUCGACGAGGCUAUAAUCAACUUCCAUACCGAGUCGCCACAUCUACCAAUAAACCACGCAACCAGAGAAAUCCUUCCCGCUCUCUUGCAAUGUCUAAAGACCCUCAACACCACGGUUGCUAGAAACGGAGCACUAACUUUUGGAUUCGACCAACUUCUCCGAAAGAGCAUGCUUCUAGAUGUUGUUGCGGAUUUCAUGCGAGACAUGACUGUGCAAAACAUGGAACUGACUCCACUCCUAAUCCAAAUCCUGGAGUUCUUGCACAUGUUGGCGGAAAACAUUACAACCCGCAAUUUGUUCUUCGAAAGGCGACAAGUCCUAAAGGCGGCAUCACCAGGUCUUCGAACAUUGGCCUUUCCUUUGGUCCUUCUUCCCGUCCAGCAAGUAUCUUCAUACAACUGGAACGAUCAAAACGCCAAAAGCUUCACCCUUUGGCCAGUAUUGCAAAGAUGCCUGAAGGUCGCCCAGCAAUACAUGCAUGAAAACAACGAUGAUGUUUGGUCUGGGGCUCUAGUUGCUCUCGCUCAGAGAGUUCCUGAUGUGUAUGCGUUGGUGGCAAGCUCGGUGCCACAAAAGCCCUUGAAGCUCAUGUACACACACUAUACUCAACAUGAGUUAGGAUACGCCAUCGGUUUGAGAGAACUGUUCGCGGUUGCGGUGGCUAAGAAAGCUGAAGCUAAGAAAGUAGCUGUCCAAGAAGACACCAGCAGCAUGGAAACUGAACCACCACUCAAGAAGCGUGGUCGUGCUCGUGCUUGGACUGAAGUCCAGGGCAGCAAUGGGGGUGAUGCAGGCUGGACAGGAAAGAGAAGAACUGCCGGCAAGAGAUAGAUGAUCUUGCAGGAUGGAGGCAGGGGGGUGGAGAAAGAUGGCUGGCCACAUAGCA